AUUGGAGUUACUAGUGAUACAUCAGAUAGGUUAUAAAGAUAAAGAUAUGUUUUGAAGCAAACAAUUAAACCCAAAUAAAUAAAGCAAACCCUAUAAGUUGUAGAUGGAAUGAGUAUGUUUCGCAAAAUUAGUUCUUUGGGUUUGAUACACCAAGUUGGUGCGAAUUGUUCUCAUUCAUUUUGCCAGUCUCAGUUUGUAAAAUUAGUAAACGUUCCUUAUUUAAGCAGGAAAAUACAUUUGACAGUUGAAAGGAACCAUCCAGCUCUUCCUAAAAGGUUCUACAGGAAGACCAGUAUAUUACGUGGUGAUGGACAAUUUGAGAUCACACUGGAUCAAAGAAAACUCAAAACACCAAAGGGAGCUAUUCUGAAAGUGGACAAUGAGGCUCUUGCUUUGGCUAUUGCUACAGAAUGGGACUCCCAAAAAGAAGAGAUUCAGCGCAGCAACAUGCAUCUGACAGCCUUGUGCAGCACUGUAAUCGACAACCCAAACAACCUCACAAAGUUUGACAUAGUCCAAGGCAUUUUAUCCUACCUGGAGACAGAUACCAUACUCUUUCACUCCAAGGAGGAUGAGAAUUUGUAUUCAAUCCAGCAGAAUGAGUGGCAGCCCCACAUAGACUGGUUCUGUCAAAGGUUUGGAGUGACGAUAGCUGCGACACACAACAUCGGACCUCCGCAAGUCUCUGAUGACAUCAAGGCUCAGAUACAGAGGCACCUCAUGUCUUACAACUUUGCUGCCAUACAUGGUUUCCUGUUUGCCAUAGAAGCACUCAAGUCCGCCAUCUUGACACAUGCUUGUGUUGAACGAAGGAUCUCUGUAGAGAAGGCUGUGUUACUGACCAGGCUGGAGGAGGAGUUUCAGUGCGGUCACUGGGGCCGUGUGGAGUGGGCUCAUGAUCUCAGUCAGUUGGAUCUACAAUCCCGUGUAGCGGCAGCUGUUCUGUUUAUUCACCUCAACUCUAUGUCGGAACACAUUACUGCCAAACGAAAAGCAACUCAGUAAACAGUUGAUUCAGCAUCUAUAACCAAACAUAAGGCAUUAAAUUAUUGAUCAAUUAA